AAACACAGCUGAAGUCUGAACUCCACCUCCAGGCAGGAUGAGGCUCAUCUCAGCAGCUCUGCUUCUCAUGCUCCUGGUCAGCAGCAGCCUCUCUCCAGUCCAUGGUGUUCUGGAAGCCUAUAACACAAACUUGAAGUGUAGCUGUGUUCAAGGGACCUCAGACUUUAUCCAUGUAAGACAGAUUGGUCGACUUCAAAUUAUACCUCCUGGGAAUGGUUGCCCAAUCAAACAAAUCAUAAUCAGGUUGAAGAAUAAGACAACUGUGUGUGUGAACCCUCAAACCUCAUGGAUCAAGAAAUUAAUAGAACAUUUACCAAAAAAAAAAUUGUUUUCAACUCAAGCUCCAGCGAUGAAGAAGAUCGGCUGAUGUCAACGUCCCCCCUCAGAACACCUGCAUUCCCUGCUUAUCCUUGCUCUGGAUUUUAGUUUUGUUCUUUAUUAAAACUUUUCCAAGAAAAGCAAUUUCCCUGUACAAACGAGCAUUAAGACUCAAUGUAAAAAUAAACUGCAGAAGCUGAUGUGGGUCAACUCAAGCCUCUUCAUACCCAUACUUUGCAAUCUCAUUUAGGGAGGAAAGUUUCUUUGAAAAUAAUUUAGUAAUCGCAUAGGAUUCUUUUGAUAAUGUACCUUGUUUAAUAGUAAUCUGUCCUAGGAAGUAUGGGAAUGAGAAUUUAAACUUCAAAUAUGAAUUUGAAUUGAAUUAAGAUGAAAAUGGUGGAAAGUGUUAAUCAUUUUACCCUAAGAAAGAUUUCCAUGAGAGACAAGGCUGCGUAUAAACCCGAUACAGCUUCGUUCUAAUGCUCAGAGGGCUCCAGAGUAGAUAUCCUCUAAAACCCAAUUUUAAUUCUUGCCUGGCGUACGUAAGGCCCUGGGUUUGAUCCGCCUAGUACCCCCCCCACACACACACAUAUAUACAUACACACACAAAGAAUAAAACCAUUUUGAGGAGAUUGAGAUCCUUCCUCCACUUUUACAGAGUUCCUUUGUAAUACUUAUUUUCUCAAAAUAAUAACAUUGAAAUAUACCCAGGCUUAAAAUUUCAGAAUAUUCAGGAAAAACUAAAAAUCAUAUAGAUUUAUUCUUUUAUACAUUAGUCUUGACAAAGUUUUUAUUCGUCUUUUGCAUGGACAAAAUACCAGUCUCUGGUAUCAAAUUCUUUAAUGUUUCUUGUUAAUCUGACAUCCUCCAAUAAACAUGAGCAAGCAUUUUUCUUAUGAGCAUUUUGUUUUUUAUAAGAGCUUUAUAGUUGUACAUAAUAGUUGGGUUCAUCAUGAUAAAAUCAUAUGCAUGGAAUGUGUGCCCCACACACCAUUUUCCCUCCCCCUGUCCCUUCUAUCCUCCUUCCCCUCCCCCAUUCUCUUUCCCUUUCUCUGCUAGAAUUCCUUUCACUCAUCCAUUUAUUUAUAUUUUAUUGGUUCUUUUUACUUAAAGGUGCAGUUCCCUGUGGUAUACUUUAGUCAUGAUUUUUUUAAGAAUUCAUUCUGCAUUGCCUCCCCUGUCCCAUUCCUCCACUCUGCCUCUUGAUCUCCUCCUACUCUACCGAUGUAAGCUUUUGAUAUCCUAUUCUUCCCUCCUCCUUUCCUUUAUUUUACUCUAGCUUCCACAUGUGAGAGGAAACAGCCAACCUGAUUUCACUUAGCAUGAUAUUCUACACUUCCAUCUAUUUACUGACAAAUGCCAUAAUUUCAUUUUUUAUGGAUGAAUAGCACUCUGUGUAUACAUACCACAAUUUCUUAAUCUGUUGAUGAGCAUCUGGGUAUAUUCCAUAAUUUAGCUAUUAUGAAUAGUGCUGCUAUAAAUAUUGAGGUGGCUGUAUUGCUGUAGUAUGCUAAUUUUAAAUCUUUUGGGAAAAUACCCAAGAGUGGAAUAGCUGGGUUAUAUGAUGCUUCCAUCGCUAGUUUCUUGAGGAAUCUCCAUAUUGCUUU